UCAUGGGCUGCUCCUGGUCGCGAUCCGAGCAGGUGGAGUCCGCAGUCACCCCGAAUGCCCUGCAGGCGGGCAUUCCCGGCCAGCGUCACCAGCGAAGGCGUCGCCAGGAGGAGAAGCGUUUGCGCCAGCUGCAGAAGCUCCAGAAGCGCAAUGCCCGCAAGCGUCGAAGGAAGAGGGGAUCGGGAUCUCUUCCCAGGCGCCGUCUCAGUGGCAAACCGCAUCCCGAUCUCGCCCUGCAACUGCGUCUGCUGGGCGGGAGCAAUGGGAGCAGUGCCACCGAGUGCGUGAGUGCCUUGUAUGCCAGGACAUUGGAGCAGCAGCGCGAGGAGUUCCAGCGAACGGUGGAGCAGAGGACGCUGCUCCAGCUGGACCGGGAGCUGCACACCUUCCUGCUGAAUCAACUGCUCCUGGGUGUCCAGUUUUUCGGGCACUUCGAGGCCGAGAUGGCCACGGUCGAUGCCCAAAUCCUGGCCAGGCGGAGGAACUGCUCCACUGAGCAGCUGGCCGAGCACAGCCUGCUCCAGAGCAGCGCCAUCGAUGCGGCAGUCGCCAGGAAUCUGCUCUUCAAGACGCCCUCCUCGAAGAUCCCCCCACAACCGCUGCAGAAACCGGUGACCUAUGUGGUCUUUGAGAACGUGGACGUGGCCCGACCCCACGACGCCAACUACGACACGGUGGCGUCGCUGUGCAAGGUGCUCCUGGAGACAGACUACUACCGGACGACGCCCUGCUCCUCGGAGUUUGUCCAGCUGAUGGAGCAGACCCGCUGGCUGGGCUAUGUGCGCCUCAAGCUGCGCGAUUCCAUGAAUUUGAAUCCCAAUCCCAAUCCUCUGGGGAGAUCAAUCAGCGAUGAGGAGGCCAUCUAUUCGGGUUUCUCCUCGUCCAGCUCAUCCUCCUCCUCGGGCUACAGUUCGGGGCACUACGAUUACGUGUACCUGGCCAGGUUGAAUACCCCGCGACCGCUGGAUGAACUGCAUCUGGGUGGGAAUUUCGAUUUCCAGCGGAAUGUGCUGCCCGCGAGUUGUGUCCUCCGUUUGGCCAACUGCCUGCCGGCGGGAAUGGAGCAAACGGAUGAUGAGGAAUCCUCCUCCUCUGAUGAUUGCUCUUCCUCCUCCGAGGAGGAGGAGAAAGAGGAGGAGAUUGGAGCUCCAGCCUAUCCCCCAGCUGGCUAUGAGACGGUCCAACUCCAUCGGCAGUGCCAUGUGGAGCAACUGCAGCAGUGCUACCUCAGUUCGCAGCAGUUUAUGCUCUACUUUGGCGAGGUGCUCCGCCAUCAUUUGGCCCCCCAGUUGGGCCUGAGUGCCUCCCAAUUGUCCACCAGUUCCCAUCGUGGCUGUAGUGUUUAUACGGAUAGAGAGGAGCUGGUGCCCGCCAUCCAUGUGCCGCAUUCCUGGCCAGAUUGUGCCUUCGAAUUCUGGUUGAGGGCUCGUCCGCGGCUAACCAAUCUCCAUACCGCCGAGCAGUUCCAAUGGCCCACCGAGCAAAUGAAGAAACGCAUUCGUUCCUUUGGCUUCCAUGUGGUGCCCAUGGGCUAUGCCCCGAAGCUCGGGAGGAAUCCCUUCAGGGAGCUCGAGUGGCGGAUUGUCUUUCCGCAGGCGGAGCAGUACCUCGAACGCCAUUGCCUCACUCCAAUGCAGCUGAAGGUCUUCCAGCUGAUGAAGCUGCUGGUCAAGACAUUCGUGGAGGAUCAAUCUUUGGAUUCCCAAUCACCGGGAGCUCUGCUCGAUCAGCUGAGGGCCCAUCUCUUUUGGCAGUGCGAGAGGCAUAGCAACGAUUGGCCCGAGGAGUUUCUGGGCGAGCGACUGGUGCGAUUCAUUCGCUCCUUCGACGCCUGUCUGGCCAGGAAGCAUCUGAGCGACUACUUCAUCGAGCGCCGGAAUCUCUUCGAGCAUCUGCCCGAGGAUGCGCUGAUGAGGCUGCGCUCCAUCAUGGCGGGCAUUGCCGAGCAGCCGCUCAUCCAUGUGGUGCAGGCUCUGAGGAAUCUCCAGCAUUCGCCGGAUUUUUAUCCGGCGAUGGAUUAUAAGCGACUGCUGGAGAAUCUCUUUAGCCGGGAUUAUCUGGAGCUGCAUGGCUGGGGGAAGUUCUCGCGUCCCCGACAAGGAUUCCCCCAGCAGGAGGUGGAAAAGGAGGAAGCUGCUCCAAGGAAAUCCUUGAAAAGGGAGGGAGAACUCACCGAUGCCCGGGGACUCUUGGGUUUGGCCCAGCACCAGGAGAAGGUGAGGGGUAAGCUGAGGAGGAAGACGAUGCUCCUAAGGGCAGCCACUAAUCAUCAGCGGGAGGAGGAGCAGCUGGAGCCCUCGGAGGCGAACUCUUUGGAUCUACAAUUACAGCUGGCUCGCAGCUCCUCCAUCUCCAAAGAGGAAGAGCCGGGAAAACCGCAACUGAACAACGGUCUGGAGAUCCUGCGACGCAGCAAUCUCCUCGAGCUUCUGCUCGAUCACCAGCUGGCCAUGUUGACCCAUUCCAUUCGCUUUGGCAACCGGGUGCAUGCCCAAUUGUAUCUGGAGCAGGGUCAGCGGCUGUGUCGCCUCUAUCAGCAUUUGGGUUGCUCCCAGCAGGCCCACCACUUCAUCCAGGCGCUUCAAGAGUCCGCCGGCGAAAUGGAGAACAUGUCAAACGUACCGGUUGGCAACCUUGAAUCCCCGCCAGCGCCAAGGAAAUCCAUCAAGUUUCAGGAGCAUGUGGUGCAAAUACACUCAACCCAUCACUUGCCGCAUCAUCUGCAGGAGCACCAACUGAAUGGGAUACUAAGGAGGCGUCACCAGGAGCAGGAGGAGGAAACGGAGGUCAUAGAAACCCAGCAGGAGGAAAUAAGGAGUUGCAUUGAGCAACCAAGGGGAUUAAAUCCUCAAGUGGAAGAAGCUAAAGAGGAGGCGGAGGAUAUAGAAGCAGGGGAAUCCCCCAAGGAGAACCCAUUAACCUCGCUUAAUGGACUCCUCCAGCGACUAAAUCUGGACAGCAAAACGGAGCAACUGGUCCAACGAGUGGCCCCCUCGGAGGCCAAACGGGAGGAGCUCAGGGAGAUCCUCAAGCGCAACACGCAGAAGCUCAAGGGCGCCUUUAACUGAAGAUAAUGCCGAUUAGUGAUUAUUGAUAAGCCAGGUAGCCAGGUGUGAUAGGAUCGGCAUAAGAUACGGAUACGACUAAUACAUACUGUAAAUAAUACUUAGUCUUAGGCCAU